CCUUAUUUCUUGCAAUUAUUUUUGUCUCUUCUUCGUCGUCUAUUUAUGGAAAAAAAUGGCAAAAGAAAAGUCUUCAGGGGUGAUACAGUCAUGAUUAAGGGGCGAUGCAACCGUGACAGAAUAACCGGCAUGGAACGAACACACAUUUAAUAAACACAAAAAAAUGGCAAGACUACUAGUGCAUACAUUUUCUAAAAUUCUCUAACUUUUUAAAACGCACAACCUUUACUUUGAAGACAAUGUAUUCCUAUUUCCGGCGUUCGACUUCCUUGAACAACAACGAUCUAGUCGCGCUGAGUUGUUGCUAGCCCCUCUUUAGGAGACAGUAGCUUAAAUAACCUACACAUGAUUGUUAUCAAUUACACAGUAUAAAGAACUGCACAUGAAUUAACCUUCGUGCAGUUCUUGCAUGUGUCGUCAUAUAUAUAUAUAUAUUUAAUCCGGCACGAUGGAGGGCAUUUGGACGGUUGCUUGAGACCUAAAUCUACAGAAGCCUUAAUGGUUAAACCGGACUGAGAUACACUUCUCCAUACCUGCAACCAUACCUCCAACCCUCGCGUUUUCUUCCAGGUUUCUCACGUAUUUAAACUUUUUUUCCGUUGUCUUCCCGUUUCAAUAUUUCCCCGUAAAAUAUCCUGUAUUUUAACACUCUCAUAGCAUUAGCCGUACCAGCGGACCUGGCAGUCUCUGUAACGUUAGGCUACGGUUGUCCUGUUGUUCUCCGGAUUUGCCCUUCCAGAUCUUAGAGUGACAAUCUGUAAGCAGUCACGUUAGAGGUAGCUUUACAGCUUCACAGCAGUUUAGUUAGUGGAGCAGUAGUAGUCUGUAGUCUGGGUAACCUGUGCUGUAGUCUGUAGUCUGAAUUCUUGUUGCAACAGAAAGACAAAAAAAAAUUAUCUUAUUUUGGGUAAGAAUCUUAGGAUAUUUCCCUUAUUGUAAAAGCUCAAUGUUGACAGCUAUGCACCUCUCCCCAGCCUCUUCAGUCCAUGCGACCAAAGGCCUUAUUUAGAAAUGAUCUGCCAUCCCCGUUAGACUGAGAGUUGUCGCUUGCUUUCUCCUGAUCGCAUUUUAUUAGUGAAGACAGGUUGACCUUGAUAACGCUCAAUGCUAGUGUGUGUACACUUUUUGUUCUCACCAAAGAUUAAGUUUGUUUAGCCGUCACUCAAAGUUGUCUUCUGGUGAUAUUUUUCAUUGUAAAAUUAGUAUUCAACACAUCUAGCGAGUUAACACAGUUCAAAACGAUCAGAAAUGGAGCCUAGGAGCUUUGUCACACGCUCCUGGCGCAGUUUACAGUCGCAACAUAGGCCCACCGGCAGCGAGAGUCUCCGGAGAGCGGUCCACUCCGAGAAGAUGGAUGAGAUUGACCAGAGUCACAAGAGAGUCUGCGUCAACCUGGAGAAGGCUACCCAAUGCAUCACACAAGCAUUACAGCGUGAAGUGGCAAGGAACCAAGAGCUCUGCGUGCUGAUUCGUCGCAUGGAGGAGAGAGAGGCGGAGCUUGGGCAGAGUCUUGCAGAGGAGGCGGAGUCUAACAAUCAGCUGAGGUUGGAGAUUGAGGAAUUACAGAAACAACUGGAGGAAAAGGACAACUCGCUCUCAAAGGCCAACCAGACUGUGACUUCCCUGACCAAAGAACUGCAGUGCGUGCAGCAGCUCCAAAGCCGGCCAAGUAGUCAUGGGAGAUUCCAGGAAGUGGAUGAGUGUCUGCAGCUUGGAGGGAUCCAACUCAAGCUGGAGCAAUCAGGCCCCAGUGCCUGCUCUCCUCUCCGAUCUGACCAGCUGGUCUGUGUCCAAACGCCGGGUUCGUCCACGCGCAACACUCCGCCUGUCUGUCUGAUCAAACGAGAGGAGGAAGAGGAGGAGGAGGAGGAGGGUGGGGGACCAGAGGCUCCAGUGUGUUUGAUUAAAGAGGAAGAGGAGGAGGAAGAGGAUGAUGGUUCUGGACAUGGAUCGUACAGUCAGUCUGUGGUGGAGAGAUCUGACCUUACGACAGAAGAAAACAAAACUGAACUGAUACAGGCUCUACUGUUGGCGCCUCGCACCCAGGCUCAGACGUCGGUUUCAGCGAGCACUUCACUGGUCAUCAGGCAAAAAAAGACGAGUCCUCAGACUUCGCUGGUGUCGUCUGACGGUCAGCGACUGCUGGAGGCUCCAGUCUCUAAAGAUGAAGCAAAAGGAGCAGACCCCAGAACAGCACCCAUCUUCUCUGAUCUCAUGCGGGUGAUGGAGAUGGCAGGCCAAGAGCUGGCGGGGGACCUCUGUCCGGUUUGUGGAGACAAGGUCUCAGGAUUCCAUUACGGCGUCAAAACAUGUGAAAGCUGCAAGAGCUUUUUCAAGAGGACUGCUCACACCAACAAGGUCUACAACUGCGUUAAAUCCCAGAACUGCCGAAUAGACAAAAUCCUUCGGCAGCAGUGUGCUUUCUGCCGCUUCAAGAAGUGCCUAGGCGUUGGGAUGAGACUAGAAGCGAUCCGUGCUGGCCGUGUGCGAGGCGGCAGAAAUAAGUUCAGCCCCAUGUACAGCACUCAGAAGAACCACAAGAGGGCGCUGUGUCACCAAGACAAAGAGUGGGGCUCUUAAUCAAUCCUGACACCAGAUGGCGCUGUUUCUCGAAGAUAGAGGACUCCAGAGGUUGCCUCAGAACCUCGUAACAUAAAACAGAAAAAAAGAUUCCUUUUGUUAAAAAUAAGGCUCAACCUUGAGAUGUUAUGUGCUCAGUAUGGGUGGUCAUGGAAAUGUAAUUAAGUAGUUGACGCGUUAUAGAAACAUUUCUUUUUUUAAAAAAAAGAGGGAGAGAGAACAAUAUGUCAGUUCCUAGCCCCAUCGUCAUCAUUAACAUGUUUCAGAUUUAACCUCAAAAUGUCAGUUUAAACAACUUUUGCAAAUUCAAAAUGUCAUCACAUUCAUUUAAGGAGAUUCAGGAAGUUCAAUUAAGACUUUGAUCGUUUUCACCUAUUUUACAGGUAAAUAGUGGUGUGGAUUCUCUGAGCAAGGUAGGGUGGAACACCACAUGGUAAAACACUGCACACACCGGGUCCACAUGAUUGCGCUACACUCUGCUUUGGAUGUUUGUCUAUGUUUAUCACCGGUGCCAACAUGAUUUAACAACAUUCAAUUACAUUAGAUUCCAUUGUUCUCAAUACAACUUCCAUACCAGCGUCGCACUUUGCCACUGUCGCUGUGUGGAUUGCGAUUCAGUUCUAUUUUGUCGGUGCCGCCCCAUAAAAUCCAAUAUUCAUCCAGGGUUUGGCAGUUAAGAACUCCGGCGCUGAGGUGCGUGGCAAGUGACCGCACACUCAUGUCUGUGCUGUCGUGCGCAGCACUUGUCAAGUGAAGAGUCAAGUGACCAAUUUCACAGUGUCCAGGUGUCCGACCUCAUCGAUGUUAAUGAUGCCUUAAUUGGCAGGGUAAAACGUCUUCCUGUUUCUGUCUUUCCUGUGGACUUUUCUUUUGCUGUCUAUGGGACAGUGCUCUUCCACAGGAAGUUGAUUUACACAGCGGCCCCAUCUUGUGAAAUGGGCUAAUUCUGUGAACUAGGUAGAGGGUGCAACCUGAAUCUGCCACAGAGACGGUGCUGUUUUGGCCAGAGUUGGGCAGUAAAAGGCCCAGAGUUGCCCAGAGUUGAGUUGGGCAGUAAAAGGCCCAGAGUUGGCCAGAGUUGGGCAGUAAAAGGCCCAGAGUUGGGCGGUAAAAGGCCCAGAGUUGGGCGGUAAAAGGCCCAGAGUUGGCCGGUAAAAGGCCCAGAGUUGGCCGGUAAAAGGCCCAGAGUUGGCCGGUAAAAGGCCCAGAGUUGGCCGGUAAAAGGCCCAGAGUUGGGCAGUAAAAGACAUGGCUACACAGCUGGUUCGGUGCUGUUCACUGCAGAAAAGAGUUGUUACGUUUCCAACCUUAAAGAUGACAUAGAAUGGACGAAUGGCGUACUCAAGAGUCAAGAUGAAGAGGGUUCUAUGUCACCGUUUCUAUGUAUAUCACCUUUAAAUACCUGAGAGUAAGAAUGUAGCACACAGAGACUGAGCUGAAUUUCACCUCGUUGUUUUGUCCAUGUCAAUCAAACACGCUAACGUUUCAGCUCGACAGCCGUCAAACGUGGAAUCUCAAUGUCACCUCUUGGUUUUGUCAAUGUCAAUCAAACACGCUAACGUUUCAGAGGAUAUUAUGAGUUGUAUUAUGAUGUUGGAUGUUACAUUGUAAUACAUAUAAAUGCAGAUCCAACUUUUCUGAUUGCAAAAAAAAAAUAAACCUUUUGAUUCCUAA